AGAGAGGCGAGUAGCCAAUGAGAGCAGGACUAGGCCCCGCCUUACGGCGAUGAUUGGCAGCUAGGUCAGCCUUUGCGAGCGGAGGAGGAGGACGCGGCUCGGGCCGGCCGCUGCCGCCGAGUUUAAGGCUGGAUGGAUCUGUUCGGGGACCUUCCAGAACCGGCUCCUUCGACAGAUAUUGCAGCACCAGCAACAGGGAAAGAAGGGCAGAAAGGAGCUUUGCUUUUUGAUGAUCUUCCGCCAGUCAGCAGCACCGACUUGGGGAAAGGAGGCUCUUUGCUUUUUGAUGACCUCCCACCUGCCAGCAGUGGAAAUUCAGCUUCACAUCCCACAGAGCAAGUUUCUCUUCCAGUCAGCCAUGGGAAGGGAGAGAAGAGGAAAUCCACUGAGGGAGAGAAGAAUGGGAGUGAAGAACUUGUGGAAAAGAAAGUUUGUAAAGACUCUGCAGGUAUUCUUGGUCUGAAGGGUUACGUGGCAGAGAGAAAAGGAGAGCGAGAAGAGAUGCAGGAUGCCCAUGUUAUUCUGAAUGAUAUUACAGAGGAGUGCAGCCCCCUUCCCUCUCAGAUUUCCCGUGUCUCAUACUUUGCUGUCUUUGAUGGCCAUGGAGGAGUCCGAGCUUCAAAGUAUGCAGCACAGAAUCUGCAUCAAAACCUGAUAAGAAAAUUCCCUAAAGGAGAUGUUCCCAGUGUGGAGAAAACAAUAAGAAGGUGCCUUCUGGACACCUUCAAAUACACAGAUGAGGAGUUUCUCAAGCAGGCUUCAAGCCAGAAACCUGCCUGGAAGGAUGGCUCCACAGCAACCUGUGUGCUGGUGAUUGAUAACACUCUUUAUAUUGCCAACCUUGGAGACAGUAGGGCGAUUCUGUGUCGUUACAAUGAAGAGAGUCAGAAACAUACAGCCUUAAAUCUCAGCAAAGAACAUAACCCAACUCAGUACGAUGAGCGGAUGAGGAUCCAAAAGGCUGGAGGAAAUGUCAGGGAAGGACGUGUCCUGGGUGUCCUGGAAGUCUCUCGCUCCAUUGGGGAUGGACAGUACAAGCGCUUUGGGGUCAUCUCUGUGCCAGAUGUCAAACGCUGCCAACUUACACACAAUGACAGGUUUAUCCUGUUGGCUUGUGAUGGUCUCUUCAAAGUCUUCUCACCAGAAGAAGCUGUGAACUUCAUCAUGUCUUGUUUGGAGGACAAAACUAUUCCUCUAAGAGACGCCAAAUCAGCCACUGACACGAGGUAUGAAGCAGCCUGUAACAGGCUGGCCAACAAGGCUGUGCAACGAGGAUCGGCAGAUAACGUCACUGUGGUGGUAGUCCGGAUUGAGCAGUGAUGCAAAGAAUACGUACAAGUGAGGUCCUUAGCAGCAUGCAGUGGAUUUAAUGGAACAAGUUAGUGCAUCUGUGAGUGUGUGUAGGGUUUUGGUUGUGUUUUUCCCCCUCUGAAUGCUGUUGUUUGUAAAUAAAAGGUUUUUUUCUAA